AUGAGUAGAGAAAAGGAAUUAGCUAUGCUAGGAGAGCGCUAUAUAUCAUUCGAUAGGCAGGAGAUACGAGCAAAAAUACUAAUGCCUACGUACGCUGAAGCUCGAAGACGAAAGGGCUCAAUAUACGCUACUUUGAUAAAAGAAUUGUAUGAAGGAUAUUGUCCUACUACGGCUGGUUAUUUUGAAGAAAUGGUAAUUAAGGAGCAGCAACUAUUCGAGAAACAAGCUAUUCGCCAGCGGGUUUGUGAUGAGCCAUAUCUGCUCUUCAGUCUAUACGAUCAUUGCAAGCUGGCCGAACAAGCAAUGCGUUUAGAAGCCACAAAGGGCCAAGACAUAUGUGUCCGCUUAUUGUUCCAGUGUAUGUUCUUCUGUGAAGAUUCUGACAAACUCUUCAAUUGGUUAAAUGAGGAUCUUCACGAAAUUGUGGCCAAUAUCUGUAACGGGCUUACAGAAAAGCUAACCAUUGCAGAAACGCUCUGCAAGGUAAACUACAAAUAUGCACAAAUUCUUACAAACAAAGAUAUUGCAAAGGCAGUCAAUUAUUUGCAAACGGCCUUCGAUUUGGCUAGAGGCACAAACUGGCUUACGAAGGCGACCGAAGAGAUUACUAAGCCCACAUCUGAUUUUGUUGUUGAGGAAUUAGCCAAAACUUUAUUAAAAUGUGCCUAUUUGGAGGAUUCAGCAGCAAAGGCCGCUAUUAAAUUGGCAGAGAAGCUUGAUAUGAAAAGAAUUUGGGCACAGUGUCUAACUGAUAUGGCAAAAAUUUAUCUUGAACACCGUACCUCACAGGCAAGUUUGGCCGAGCAAUGUUUACUGAAAAGCCGGGAAAUUUUAACCACUUUGAAGGAUGUGAAAAAUUUAAAACUUUGCAAUUAUGACUUGGCUCGGGUGAAGUCACGCAUGAUAUAUGGCAAUUACAUGGAGGCUAUAAAGAACUCUAGCACAUCGCGAUGUGAAUUCCAUCGCUUACUUGAAUGGAAGACGCGUUGCAAGCCAUUUUGGACUAAUAGGGCGAAGGUAUUGCAAUUAGAACAAAAGAACCCAGUAGCAUGUCUUCUACAAUCAGAAUCCACAGAAAGAACGAAGCUUGAGGCAAAAAUAGCAGCAGUUUUCAAACAUUUGAUAUAA